GCACUAUUAAAUAGCCUUGAACUGUUUUGGGGUCUUUAACUGUCAGGGGCACCUCUUUCCUCAUUGGUCAAAGCUGUUUUGACGUCACAUCUACAGCAAUGGAGCACUGCUAAGGAAGAGAAGGCAGGCAGAGGAGGUGUAGGCAGAGGCAGCAGCAACGGCGACAGCAUGAGUAAAACCCGUCCACACAGGGACCGUAGCUCCCCUCUGGACCUCAGUGGCCCUUCUUUUGGACAUUCACUGUUCUCCACAGGAAGGAAGUGCUGGUAAAAUCUGAAAUGCAGAUUUGACUUUGCAGCUGUGUGAAAGCUGCAUUUUUUUUUCUUUCGUGUAAUUUUUAGUUAUCUGAUGUUGGCUGCAGCCGCAAACCAAAGUCACCUGGAGAAGUGAUGCACCGGACCUGGAGGACAACGGCUUAGACUAAAGACUGGUUUCAAGGUUGAAGUAUGGGGAAAGAUUUCCUGCUCCAACUUCAUUCAGAGAUAUGAUUGGAACAUCCGGUCUCUCAGGGGACACUUUGAUUGCCUGCCACUUCCCCGUCGUUCAGCUUCCUACAUGGCAACUUCCCGUCCAGGCCUUGUGCAGCUCUGCUAAAAGACCUGGUCGUCUUUGUCCGGCAGGACUGACUCGAGCGGCGUCACUCCCAGAAAAGGGCUCCUCCAACCGAGAGAACACCUUAACUAUCGGCCGAAAACACUUCUCCAGCAGCUACGGCAUUCUCAAUGAGGACCGGACAGAGGAGGAAGGAACCAGUGACAGCAGUGGGAGAAAUGACCUUAACUCCUCGCCUGAGGAGACGAGUUUGUACGCAAAGAAGGAGAAACAGGGCAGCGUGCGAUUACGCAACUCAUUCCUGGCCAGUGCAGAGCUAGAUGAUGAUGAGGAAGAUGAAGACAGUGAUAAUUUGCACAGAUAUUGUGAAGAUUCCUCUUUUGUUUUGCACGGGAACACAAAUUGGAGACUGAGUAACGGUGACAGAAAUGAUGCAAUGCCUGACGGAGACCUGGAUGUUGACUGGGCCAAUGAAGGGACCAGACUAGACACAGAUUGUGAACAGGACUGGCUCUGUACCCGUCUGGGCUCUCAGUGUUCACCAGAGUUUCUGUCCAACACACAGUGUGUCAGCGACUGUAACAGUUCUUGUAACAGUUCUGAUGGCAUCUUGGUUAACUUCUGCACAAUGUACAACAGAAGCAACAAUCCUGCCACGCCUCUGGACCUCAGCAGUCCAGCGAUCCAACCCUCCCAGCCGUGUGAUGGAUCUGUCUUUCUAAACCUCCAUCCAGUCCCUCAGUCUUCAACUGAGGGCCUAGAAGAAGAAGACAUGACCAUGAACCCUUCACAGAAUGAGGCUUGUUCUCCUUGCGACCUCCACCCAAACCUCGGCCUCCUCUCCCUGGAGCCUCUACCUUCAGGUCUCUCCUCUCUGGAAGUCUCAGACCUGGCUGCCUGUCUCCAGAGCCAGCCUGCACUGGACAUGGGGACCAACCAGAAGUACUACAAGCUGGUCACAUACGACCUCUUGUCCCAGACACCCAGUCCAGCCGGGUCUGGUCUCACCAACUGCCAAGAUGAUCAGGACAGAAGUAGCUUCUACCAUUCUUCAAACAAUUACAAGAAUACAGAUCAACACAGAGAAGAAAUCCAGCCUGAGGGUGAUGGACUGAAGAACCAGACGUUCUCCUCACCUCAGUGGUCCAAGGCAGAGGACCACUCUCAGCCUGAUUGUGACCAGAUUGCAGCCACAUCCACUGACCAUGCUCCCUGCAGGAAUAAGCUGACAGCCAGUCAGUGUAGACCACACAGCAGUAAACACCAAGGCGAGAGUGGAGUGUUCACACAGCCAUCUGUGACGGUGAACCAGGAGUGUUGUACUACUGCUUCUACAGAGAGAGGUGCAUGUUCUUCAGAAGAUGCUGUUUUUCGCUACAGUAAAGCUCAGAGGCCGACCUCACUUCCCAUUCAGCCUUUUGUUCUAAGUCCUGCUGCAGACAGAGCCCAGUCCAGGGCUCAGCACCUGGGCUGUCUGCUGGAGCAGUUCAUGAACCCAGACAGCAGCAGGUCUACUCAGUCCCAGCAGCGAUUCAAGGGCAAAAGAAGCCGAUGCUUCUCCAACCUUCAGCUAUCGCCCCUGGGAAGCAACUGGCCUCCGUCGAGCCCUGACACCUGCUCCACCUGUACACCAAGCCCAGGCUGCUUCAGGUGUAAAAACACGUGGAAACACAUCACCAGAAGCCAAGAUCAGAGUCCCUGGACAUCAAGAAGCAGCCUGGAUCCAUCUCACUGUAGUCCGAGGCUUAAAACCAUUCAUUUGCUGAACAAAAGAGAAUCACAUUCAGGCCCAAACCAGUCAAACCUUGUUAAAUUCCCCACCUACCACAACCUCAUCAAACUCCUACCUGAGCAAACCCACGCCAAUCUGGAAGACCAAAUUCUACAUCUGUCCCCAGACCAUUCACCUUUUUCUAACACUCCGCCCACUUUAACUGUAACGGCCGCUGACGCUCCUCAGCCAAAAUUGAAUUUCCUCUCCUCUGCUCCCACUCUGUCACCUUCAGAAGACAAACUCCUACAGCACAGAGCAGCACCUGCAGCUGACUCAGCUGGCUUUUUUCACAGCACCGUCACGGCCGCCUUCUCCUCCUUGGCUCCUCUCUCCUCUCUGAGCUCUCUGCUGUCUGCGGCUGCUUCUGGACUCCACCCACAGGAGAACCAGGUCUCUGGUGCUCACAGUGGGAGACACGCUGAAAGUCAGUCUCUGAUGUCCAUUGACAGGCCGUCUGAAGAAUUCUGCCCCUCGCCUGAUACAUCAUACGAGUCCCUGUCAAUCAGCCAUCUUCAGAGGAGAGGUCUGCUGAGGUCUGUGAGCAGAGCGGUGGAUCUGAUCAUGACUCACUUUGGCAGCAGUAGAGAUCCUGAUGAAAAGAUGCGUCUGGGAAACAGCUCCUGUAGUCCCACAAUUGUAGGCCUGGUCCUGGAACAUUUAUGUCCAACGAUCCAGAACAUUUUGGACGAUGGCCUCAUGGAUCACAAACUGGACCCCAUCAUUGGGCAGUGCCCCAACCAUUCCUGGACUGUGGUGGAGGUUUCUACCAGGUUCACUAUAUGUCCGUUCUCCCGGGUGCUCCACAGUCUGGUUUCCAAAAUUCAACAAUGUCCUGAGCUCACCAACCACAGUAUGAGACUGAGAGCCUUCAUCAUGGGUUUGCUUAACUUGAGAGCUCUGGAGUUUUGGCUCACUCACCUUCAUAAUCAAAAAUAUGUAAUAGCAGCCUACUACCAUUCCUGGGCCUUCCUGUCAGUGUCACUGGUCCAGUGUGAGUCCAUGUUUGAAGAACUGCUGCUUCUCCUGCAGCCUCUUUCUAUGCUGCCCUUUGACCUCAACCUGCUCCUGGAGCCACAGCUCUUGCGUAACAGACUACUGUUAUGUCCUGAAGAGCAGGUUCUUCGGUCACCUGGACUCUGCUCAGCCUCUCUGGUGACCAGCUGGCCCCUCCUACGAGCAGACAGGAAGACUAAGGUAGACCCAGGGUUAGCGUCUAUCCCAGAGUGGGGUCACAAAGAGCCUGACCUCAUGGACAAUGUUGAGGAAGGGGAGGACUGUAGCCUGGCUUACGCAGAGAAUUGGUCGCAAAUAAGUAUGAGCAGUGGACAAGAGGAGCCCAAGAACCUUGGCGACUGUGAGACGCCACAGUCGUCUGCGUGUGUCGAGGUGGAGGGCCGGUGUCAAGGCGGGCGCCGCUGGGCCAAGCUGUUUGGAUCAGCUAAGACCUCUGACACUGGAGCACAAACCAGAAGGCGACCAUCGGAGUGGCUUCAUUUGGACCGAUCCCAUUUUGGAAUUUUGGCUCAGUCCAUGAAGUCGAUGAAGCUGGUCAGGUCCAAAAAAACAAAGACUCAUAAUGAGGAUAAGUAACCAGUGUACGGACUGUUGAGAAACUGUAAGUUUAAGCUGC